AUGUUUAGAAUUUUAUUUCUGAACGCCCUCAAUAUUCUAUCAAUUUUUGGAUCAAGUGAAUCAGAAGAAACGAAAAAAGAACGAUUUUUGCCCGAAAAUUUGCUGUACAAUCUAGUUUAUGGAAUUCCAUAUCACGAAUUAAGAUUAUUUAUAUAUAUUUUUGGCAAAACCCACGAGAACCGAAUUGAGAUGAUCAAAAAAUAUCGACAAAAAUAUGAUGAAGAGGGAUAUAAUACAUUAUUGCUCAGAUUAAGUGUUGCCCCAGAUGUUCUUACAAUGCAAAUCAAUAGAACUAUAGCAUAUUAUGAUGCUGCAUUAUUAAAUAUCGCACUUGGACCUUAUGGUGAUAAUCCUUUGAAGUUAUGGUAACAAGAACAAGAAAUGAGAGAAAUCAAAAAGGCUUAUGAAAAAUUAUAUCAUACUGAUCUAUGUGAAACUAUCAAACGUAAAAAAUAUGGAGAAUUCAAGGAUAUACUUCUAGCACUUUGUGCAGCUGACAGAGAUGAAUCUGAUGUUGUUAAUGAAUUGUUAGCAGAACAAGAUUGUAAUAGUAUUUAUCUUUAUGGUCCAGCUAAGAUUCCUGGGACUGAUGAUGCGGGCAUUAAUUCGAUCUUGUUUAAAAGGAACUAUAAUCAACUUCGACGGAUGUUUGAGAUGUUUCCCAAGUUUAUAUUCACAAUAUCUCCGACGGAAUAUAUGGAAAGGAGAACAAUUGAAGCAGUGAUUGACGAGGAAUAUUCAGCUACAGCUAAUAGUGCGCUCCUUCAAUAUAUUGAAGCUGUCAAAAAUCUACCGGAGUAUUUUGCAAAUUUACUUGCCAAGGCUUUAAGAGGUAUACGAUUACAUACCCUGACAAAUCUAACUGCACAUAAAUUUCAGUUUCCGAUGAAGAUCAAUUGAUUCGUAUCAUUUUGAGUCGCGGUGGUAUUGAUUUAGUGGAAAUUGUCAAAUCGUAUGGUGAACGAUUCAAAUUGAUGGGGCACAUUGAUGAUGCUGAUUUUAUCACUGAGCACACUAGAAUGGCUUUGAAACAUUUUUUGAAAGUGCAUCUAUCUCUGAGUUAA